GCAGCUGCCCAACGCUGGUGGUGGCGAGCCGGCGAACCACCGUCCCUGCCGACCUCACGCUGCUUCGGCUGCCCUCUCAUGGUCUAGCUCGCUGCUUGCGCCUCUCCAGAAGGCGGGCAGCAGCAGCAGGGGCCGGUCUCCAGCAGGAGCAGGCGGCCUCUCUGUCUCCAACAGGCCGGCAGCGGCAGCAGCCAGCAGCAGCAGGUGCAGGGCAGGGGCCUCUCUCCCCAGACUCUUCGGACUCUCCAGCAAUAGCAGGCGCAGGGCAGCAGCCAGCAGCAGCAGGGUAGGGCAGCAGCCAGUAUUAGGCAGGGGUGAGAUUACCCACAUUUUGUCCUACAAAUUAGCAUUUCAAUUGUUUGCAUACGAUUAGUCCUACUCAUGACAGCCUGUGUAUGGAGGCAUGGGCGCGUGAGCUGGAAAAUUUCAUCUCUCGCCUGUAAAAUUUUCACCCCACGCCUCUGAUCCCGCCUGUAAAUAUCUUCUUCCCGCCUGUAAAUCUCAUCUUCCCGCCUCUGCUCCCGCCUGUAAAGAGUAAGCCUGCCACCUUCCGCACACCAUCCGCAACUCUUCGCCGCUCCCACGCACAUCGCGCCACCAUGCACCUCGUGCCUCCUGCUCUCCAGUCCCCGCAACCCUCUUCCUCGCUUGUGCCGGGCGUGGCCCGCGCCUGGGGCUCCUGCGCACGGUCGUCCAUGCGGUGGCGGUGGCCCAGACCGCACCCCUCCUCCUCGCUUGCGCCGGGCUUGGCCAGGGCCUGGGGCUCCUGUCGCCAGCUCCCACGCUAGUGCGCUGUGCUGGUCUCUGCUGCUCGCCGGUGCACACGAGUAGAGGAGGAGCACAGGUUUGGAAAUAAGAGGACUGGUGCUUCCUUCUGGGAAUUGGUGGCAUCCCUUGCUAGCAGCAAAGAUGCCUCCUGGUCGUGGGAAGGUUGGAGUAAAAAAAUCCAAAAAGAACUCAGCUAUCGGAACCACCACCAUUGCAUCCAUACAAACAGAAGCGCCUGAUGCAAUGUAUGCAGAACAAUGCAAGGCUAGAAGAUCUAGGAAUGUAUGCUUUAAGUCGUGAGCUUGAUGAAGCAAGUUCCAUUUCUCAUAAGAAGAAUAAGCCAAGUCAUAAAAAUACUGAAAACUCUGAAUCUCAGUAUGAUCCUUCACAAGAUGACACUGAUGAUGACAAUGCUAAGGGCUCCAAACAACGUAACAUUACAACUGCCUGCAAGUUUGUUGGUGCAAUCAAACUUCGCUCUAAGCGAGUUCUUGCAGAACCAGAAUGUACCAGAAAUACAAGGUCAAAAAAACACACUGCCCGAGCGGAUGCAACUCUUGCACCAAGUGUCAACAUUGAUGGCCACAACCAGGCUACAGUUGGAGGCUAGUUCUAUGUUUCUUAUUGUCAUUCUAUACUGUUAAUUGUAUGAUAACUACACUCACUAGCUGUAGUUUAUUCUAGCUGGUGGCCCUGCGCACUUGGAUGAGAACACCCACGUUGCCGAUGAAGGUCAUGUUGUUGCUCCUCUUGGUGGGCAGAACUAUGCAUGCAAUGAUGAUAAUGGGCAUGUCCAAGCUGAUGGCAACAUGACAAAUGGAGAUGAAGCUGAUGAUGACAACAACUAGAUGCUCAAUGAAGAUGUACAACUAGGUGAAAAUGAUCGAUGGGAAAGGGGAACCAAUAUGGGACAUGGUCUCUAUAGGAUUAACCGAGCUUUGCGUGGAAAAUUGCAAGUUGUCAAUCCUGAAGGGAAGAUAAGGCCCAUGGCACCACUUGUUGCUGCUAAGUUUGCAACUGAAUGCAACAUUGCAGUUAGAAAUCAUGUGCCGGUGUUGAAGCAUUGGAAGGAAUACAAGAAAAAAUAGGGCCUAUUUAAAGUAUUUAUAGGAAGACUUAGUGCAAAGUUUGACAUCAACACGAGUGACACUUCAGUUCAAAAUGGUUGUAACCAAAUGAUGAAGAAUGCAGUUCGGCAACAACGACAUCGGCUCAAGAAAAAGUACUUUAAUCCUUUUCCACUACAUUUGGUGCCAAAAACAUCUCCAAUCAGAUCGAUGACUGAUCAAGAGUGGAAUGAACUUGUGGAAUAUUGGAAAACUCCAAAAGGUAUGGGAGAUAAAUACAAUGACGAAGAACCUGAUGCGUUGGAUUUGUUUAAAGAGUGCCACUAUAGCAAGAAAAAGAAAUUCUACUCGUCUAAUGUGCAGAAAGCUAUAACUCAAAUGGAAAAUGAGUUGUCUACACCAGCAGAAUGUGAAGGACAAAUGUCUGUGACAAAAGUUGUAGCAGAUGUUCUUGCUAAGAAUACAAGGAAGAAUCUGUUCCUUCAAAAUGUGGGGAUACAAAAUUCUUGUCCUAGGUCUAGUGUAAGAAAUAUUGCACCACAACUUGAAGCGGAGAAAAGGGCAAAUACAGACCUUCGAUCUGUUGUCAACACCCAACUUGAGCAACUUGAUGUGUUGUCAAAACAAAUGCAGGAAAGAGAAGAGUUAAGGGUUAGGGAGCAAGAGGAGAUGAAGAAGAGGCAAGCUGAGAUGGAAGCGGACAUGAAGAAGCUUCAACUUUUGUUAAGUAAAAUUCAACCAAGUUAGCUGAAUUGGAUGGUAUGUGGCAAGUCAGAUUUGACAUAGCUUUUGUUGAAACCUCUUUUGUUGAAGUGGAAACAUUCCAUUCUGGUUUUGGUGCUUCAUCAUGUGUGACUCAUGCUGUAAUAUUUUGUUGUUUGUGUGUUGAAGUGAUAUUGGGCACCAAACAUGAUGUUUGUGGUGCUAUAUUAGAUGUAUGGUUGAAGUAACGUAUUAAUUUUCUGUUGCAAUGUUGUUUUGGGCA